UGGCGUCAUUGAAAAUCAAUACGUUUCUACCAAGUUUUAGCAUUGAAUUGGUCAAGAACUAGAUCCCGACAUGCGUCUCUAUGCGUCUCGAGCUGUUUAAUAUCUAAUAAUUCAUAACAUUCAUCCCAUAAUUUUCUUCCUUCCUUUCUUCCCUAAUAGUGCGCCACCACACCACCAUGUCAACCCAUUCCACCGGCUCCUCCGAGGCCCCCUCGCAGAUCCGCAUCUUCACCCUCAACUGCUGGGGCCUCAAAUAUAUUGCCAAAUACCGCCACGAGCGUCUCUCAGAGAUCGGUCGCCAGCUGGCCCUGGCUGACCCUGCCCCCGAAAUUGUUGGACUCCAAGAAUGCUGGACACAACAAGAUUACGAGAGUAUCCGUGAACAGACCCGUCACCUCCUCCCUUAUGGCAAGUUCUACUACGGAGGGAUCAUGGGCGCAGGGCUCGCCAUUCUCUCCCGAUGGCCCAUCGAAGAGAGCUCCAUGUACGGGUAUCCUCUCAACGGACGGCCAACGGCCUUCUUCCGUGGCGACUGGUUCGUCGGGAAGGGUGUCGCAUGUGCCCGUGUACGCUUCGGUCCUGGAGUCAGUGAUGUAGCCGAAGUGUUCUGCACACAUCUCCACGCGCCCUACGAGAAAGAACCUAAUGACUCAUAUAUAUGCCAUCGGACAGCCCAGGCCUGGGAGAUCGCGAAAUUGAUGCGCGGCGCCGCAGAGAGGGGCCACCUUGUUAUCGGAUUGGGCGACUUCAACAUGCUGCCGUCGUCGUUCGCCCACCAGCUCAUCCGCGCCCAUAGCCCCGUCCAGGAUGUUUGGCAGGUCGUAUACCCGGACUCAUCUGUGGGUGCUCCUAUCGACCUAGUCGAGCAGAAACGAGGCAAACCUACCCCGUCGGCCGAGUUCAAUCUUCACGUGAACGGUGCCACAUGCGACGGCAAAUUCAAUACCUGGAGGUGGUCUGAGGAGGACCGCAAACGGCUAGAGAAAGGGGAGGACAUUGUUGUAGAUAAGGAUGCCCCAUGUCCACGCGGGAAAAGGCUGGAUUAUAUCUUCGUUGGAGACGGUGGAUAUCCUCCAUCCUUCCCUGCGCCUCGAUGGUCUGUCCAGUCCGUCCAGAUCGGCAUGACACAGCGCCAUCCCACGCUUCGUUGUUCGCUGAGCGACCAUUUUGCUGUCGAAGCGGUUAUCACCCGCUCUCCUCGUGAUACCAAAGCAGACAAUUCAACAGAGAAUAAGCUUCACCAGUCCGUGGCUCCGAAUACGGCCUUAACGCCGGACACCUACGAUCGUAUCAUCGACAUGAUUCACACCUAUGUCCAGCGUGAACGGUCCCAGCGGCGUUGGCGAAUGGCUCACUUCAUCCUCUCGAUAGUCGUCUCCAUUGGGUGCUUUGUUGGGGUCUGGUGGACGGGCGAUUUGCCGUAUGUGGCGUUUAUCUUAGUUUUAGUCAGUACCCUGAGCUUCGGAGCUGGGAUCUUGGAUGGGUUGAUUGGAGGCAUGUUUAUGUCAAGUGAGCUGCGCGCGCUUAAGGAAUUUGAGUGGGAGGUGCAAAAUGCGAAACAGCUGGCUGAGAGGAGCAGUGGGCCGGAGAAAAAGACGGGAUAAGAUGAGCGCUGUAUGACUGUCACGGACGGACGAUGAGUCGACAUCAACGUCCUGUAACUUCUUUUGUAUUAUAUCUGUGACAUCUUUGCUACAUAUAAUUACUCCAGAACGUCCUAUCAUUGUAUAGGACACUUA